AUGUCUUUCCUCCUACCAUCAGUUUUCAGAUAUUAUUAUCUCCUCUUCUUUAUCAAUUAUCUUUCUUUUUUUUUUUCCCCACGUGUCUUCUUCUUUUUUCCAUUAUGUGCUUAUUUAUUUAUCUACUUAUUAACUUUCUUUUUCUUCACUCGUCUCAUUUUCUUCCCUCUAUUUGUGCACUUAUCUAGGUGUCCUUUCUUGCCGCACCUAGUGCACUUAACUAGGUGUCCUUUCUUCCCGCAACUAGUGCACUUAUCUAGGUGUCCUUUCUUCCCGCACCUAGUGCACUUAUCUAGGUGUCCUUUCUUCCCGCACCUAGUGCCCUUAUCUAGCUGUUCUUUCUUCCUGCACCUACUGCACUUAUCUAGGUGUCCUUUCUUCCCGCAUCUAGUGCACUUAUCUAGGUGUCCUUUCUUCCCGCACCUAGUGAACUUAUAUAGGUGUGUCCUCUUCUCGCACCUACUGCACUUAUCUAGGUGUCCUUUCUUCCCGCACCUACUGCACUUAUCUAGGUGUCCUUUCUUCCCGCACCUAGUGCACUUAUCUAGGUGUCCUUUCUUCCCGCACCUAGUGCACUUAUCUAGGUGUCCUUUCUUCCCGCACCUAGUGCCCUUAUCUAGCUGUUCUUUCUUCCCGCACCUACUGCACUUACCUAGGUGUCAUUUCUUCCCGCAUCUAGUGCACUUAUCUAGGUGUCCUUUCUUCCCGCACUUAGUGCACUUAUAUAGGUGUCCUUUCUUCCCGCACCAAGUGCACUUAUCUAGGUGUCCUUUCUUCCCCCACCUAGUGCACCUAUCUAGGUGUCCUUUCUUCCCGCACCUAGUGCACUUAUCUAGGUGUCCUUUCUUCCCGCAUCUAGUGCACUUAUCUAGGUGUCCUUUCUUCCCACAUCUAGUGCACUUAUCUAGGUGUCCUUUCUUCCCGCACCUACUGCACUUAUCUAGGUGUCCUCCCUUCCCGCACCUACUGCACUUAUCUAGCUGUCCAUUCUUCCCGCACCUAGUGCACUUAUAUAGGUGUCCUUUCUUCCCGCACCAAGUGCACUUAUCUAGGUGUCCUUUCUUCCCGCACCUAGUGCACUUAUCUAGGUGUCCUUUCUUCCCGCACCUAGUGCCCUUAUCUAGCUGUUCUUUCUUCCUGCACCUACUGCACUUAUCUAGGUGUCCUUUCUUCCCGCAUCUAGUGCACUUAUCUAGGUGUCCUUUCUUGCCGCACCUAGUGCACUUAACUAGGUGUCCUUUCUUCCCGCACCUAGUGCACUUAUAUAGGUGUCCUUUCUUCCCGCACCUACUGCACUUACCUAGGUGUCCUUUCUUCCCGCAUCUAGUGCACUUAUCUAGGUGUCCUUUCUUCCCUCACCUAGUGCACUUAUAUAGGUGUCCUUUCUUCCCGCACCUACAGAACUUAUAUAGGUGUCCUUUCUUCCCGCACCUAGUGCACUUAUAUAGGUGUCCUCUCUUCCCGCACCUACAGAACUUAUAUAGGUGUCCUUUCAUCCCGCACCUACUGCACUUAUCUAGGUGUCCUUUCUUCCCGCACCUAGUGCACUUAUCUAGGUGUCCUUUCUUCCCGCAUCUAGUGCACUUAUCUAGGUGUCCUUUCUUCCCUCACCUAGUGCACUUAUAUAGGUGUCCUUUCUUCCCGCAUCUAGUGCACUUAUCUAGGUGUCCUUUCUUGCCGCACCUAGUGCACUUAUCUUGGUGUCCAUUAUUCCCGCACCAAGUACACUUAUCUAGGUGUCCUUUCUUCCCGCACCUAGUGCACUUAUCUAGGUGUCCUUUCUUCCCGCAACUAGUGCACUUAUCUAGGUGUCCUUUCUUCACGCACCUAGUGCACUUAUCUAGGUGUCCUUUCUUCCCGCACCUAGUGCCCUUAUCUAGCUGUUCUUUCUUCCCGCACCUACUGCACUUAUCUAGGUGUCCUUUCUUCCCGCUCCUGGUGCACUUAUAUAGGUGUCCUCCCUUCCCGCACCUACUGCACUUAUCUAGCUGUCCAUUCUUCCCGCACCUAGUGCACUUAUAUAGGUGUCCUUUCUUCCCGCAACUAGUGCACUUAUCUAGGUGUCCUUUCUUCCCGCACCUAGUGCACGUAUCUAGGUGUCCUUUCUUCCCGCACCUAGUGCCCUUAUCUAGCUGUUCUUUCUUCCUGCACCUACUGCACUUAUCUAGGUGUCCUUUCUUCCCGCAUCUAGUGCACUUAUCUAGGUGUCCUUUCUUCCCGCACCUAGUGCACUUAUAUAGGUGUCCUCUCUUCUCGCACCUACUGCACUUAUCUAGGUGUCCUUUCUUCCCGCACCUACUGCACUUAUCUAGGUGUCCUUUCUUCCCGCACCUAGUGCACUUAUCUAGGUGUCCUUUCUUCCCGCACCUAGUGCACUUAUCUAGGUGUCCUUUCUUCCCGCACCUAGUGCCCUUAUCUAGCUGUUCUUUCUUCCCGCACCUACUGCACUUACCUAGGUGUCCUUUCUUCCCGCAUCUAGUGCACUUAUCUAGGUGUCCUUUCUUCCCGCACUUAGUGUCCUUUCUUCCCCACCUAGUGCACCUAUCUAGGUGUCCUUUCUUCCCGCACCUAGUGCACUUAUCUAGGUGUCCUUUCUUCCCGCAUCUAGUGCACUUAUCUAGGUGUCCUUUCUUCCCACAUCUAGUGCACUUAUCUAGGUGUCCUUUCUUCCCGCACCUACUGCACUUAUCUAGGUGUCCUUUCUUCCCGCACCUAGUGCUCUUAUCUAGGUGUCCUUUCUUCCCGCACCUACUGCACUUAUCUAGGUGUCCUUUCUUCCCGCACCAAGUGCACUUAUCUGGGUGUCCUUUCUUCCCGCACCUAGUGCACCUAUCUAGGUGUCCUUUCUUCCCGCACCUAGUGCACUUAUCUAGGUAUCCCUUCUUCCCGCACCUAGUGCACUUAUCUAGGUGUCCUUUCUUCCCGCACCAAGUGCACUUAUCUAGGUGUCCUUUCUUCCCGCACCUAGUACACCUAUCUAGGUGUCCUUUCUUCCCGCACCUAGUGCACUUAUCUAGGUGUCCUUUCUUCCCGCAUCUAGUGCACUUAUCUAGGUGUCCUUUCUUCCCGCAUCUAGUGCCCUUAUCUAGGUGUCCUUUCUUCCCGCACCUACUGCACUUAUCUAGGUUGCACUUAUCUAGGUGUCCUUUCUUCCCGCACCCAGUGCACUUAUCUUGGUGUCCUUUCUUCCCGAACCUAGUGCACUUAUCUUGGUGUCCUUUCUUCCCGCACCUAGUGCACUUAUCUAGGUGUCCUUUCUUCCCGCACCUAGUGCACUUAUCUAGGUGUCCUUUCUUCCCGCACCUACUGCACUUAUCUAGGUGUCCUUUCUUCCCGCACCAAGUGCAGUUAUCUAGGUGUCCUUUCUUCCCGCACCUAGUGCACCUAUCUAGUAUCUGUAAUAAUGGCAGACUCGGGUUGUGGGGGGGGGAUGAGUCGUCGUCCGCUUCGUUUGGAGCUGGCGAAGAUGGACACCAACUUGACCACGGACGAUACGCACCCAAGAAAAUGUGGAACGCGAAAAUGAAACGGAAUACAUACACUCAAGCUACAAUAUCGAAUUCUUCACAUUUUGCAUCUAUCUAUAUCUAUCUAUCUAUCUAUCUAUCUAUCUAUCUAUCUAUCUAUCUAUCUAUCUAUCUAUCAGUGCGUGUGAAUAAACAUGCACAUGUACGCAUUAUCUAUCUAUCUAUCUAUCUAUCUAUCUAUCUAUCUAUCUAUCUUAUUCUAUCUAUCAUUUAUCUAUCUAUCUUUUAUCUAUCUAUCUAUUAUCUAUCUAUUCUAUCUAUUAUCUAUCUAUCUAUCUAUCUAUCUAUCUAUCUAUCUAUCUUAUUCUACGCAUUAUCUAUAUAUCUAUCUAUCUUAUCUAUCUAUCUAUCUAUAUCUAUCUAUCUAAAUAAAUAA